AUGAAUUCAUCAUGUGUAAAUGUUAAUGAAAAUCUUGUUUUAUUAUUUUUUAUUCUUGGUUGUUUAUUAACAAUCAUUGGAAUUUUACUUAAUCUAUGUUCAUGUUUACUUUUUUAUCGUACUAAAUCUCUUGAUAAAACUCCAUAUGGUAUAUUUAUCAUUGCGUUAUCAAUAGCAGAUAUUAUUAAAUUAAUAGCAGAAUAUAUAGUACAUAUUCUUUAUUUUUAUAUUGAUCAUCGAUAUCUUGUUUGUUCAAUAACAUGGUUUUUAACACUUAGCAGUGAAAAUUUAUCCUAUUUAUUUCUUUGUGCACUAGGAAGAGAUUUUCAUUCUGUUUUUUUUUCUAUUGUUGAAGGUAUUGAACGUAAUUUGAAAGUAUGGAUCACUAAUCGUCGUUGUUUAAUAACUCGUCGACGUGCAUGUAUAAUAACUGUAUUUCUUGUAAUAUUUGUUAUUAUUUAUGAUCAUCCAUUUCUCUUUUUACCUUAUGAUGUUUCAUAUUGUUUUGUAACAUAUUUAAAUCAUUCAAUAUUAUUUUCAUGUGAUAAUGCAUAUUAUAAAUCUUAUGGUUAUUCAUAUUCUUUAACUGAUUUAAUUUUUAUUGAAACUAUUGGUUUAAAUAAUGCCAUUUUACCAGUAUUGAUUAUAUCAACAAAUAUUAUAUUGAUAUUUGGUUUACAACGUCGUGCAUAUCAACGUCGACAUCGUUUAGGUACACGAAAAACAAAUGAUUGGAGAGAACAAAGUGUAAUAUUGUAUGUAUUCAUUUCAAGUAUUACUUUUAUAUUAUUAACAGCACCUACAGGAAUAUUAAAUGCUUGGUCAGCUGUAUAUAAUCAAAAAAUGGCAACAAAUAAUUUAGCACUUAUAUUAGAAUUAAUGGAAAUUCUUCAUCAUUGUUCACAUUUUCCGAUUUUAUUAAUGACAAGUUCAGUUAUUCGUAAAAAAACAUUUAAAAUACUCUUUCAUUCUCGUCAAUCAGAGCAAAUUUCAUUCAAUUCAAGAUUAUCAAGUCAACUACACAUUCAAAAGAGAUCUUUGAGUCAUUAA